AUGUCGAAUUUAGACGAAACUUCUAGACCUCUCGGUGGUCGCGUCGCAUUGGUAGGCACCGGCUCUCGCGCUGCGAUGUUUGUGCGCGGCAUUGUAUCCCGGCCGCAUUCCCAAGUUGUAGCCAUAUGCGAGCCAAAUUCGGUGCGCGCCAACUAUUACAACGAGCUGUUGGUACAGCUUGGCGCCCCGAAAGUACCUAUUUAUACUCCUGAUCGUUUUAAAGAGAUGUUAUCGAAAGAAGGGGUAGAAACUCUCGUGGUCACUUGUGUGGACGCGUUGCAUGAUGUAUAUAUCGUUCCCGCAUUGGAGGCUGGGGUCCGUGUUCUCACCGAGAAGCCGAUGACAACUGAUGUAGACAAGUGCCGGAGAAUCCUCGAGACUGUCCAACGCACGGGCCAGCACUUGACAGUAACAUUCAACUAUCGGUACAACCCGGUCCACGAACUCGUGAAGCGGACUAUUGCCGAGGGGAAGAUAGGAAAAGUCCUUUCGGUACACUUUGAAUGGCUUCUGGAUACUGUUCAUGGAGCCGAUUACUUUAGACGAUGGCACCGACAAAAGACCAACUCCGGGGGUUUGAUGGUUCACAAGUCAGGACAUCACUUUGAUCUCGUAAAUUGGUGGAUUGAUGCCCACCCCGUGACUGUUGCUGGGAUGGGAAGAUUAGCUUUCUAUGGCGACAAGGCCGGAAAGGAGCAUGGUUGGGCAAAGGACUAUGUACGAGCACGAGGAGAAUCGGCAGCGAAGGAUGACCCCUUUGCCAUCAUCCUGGAAGAUGACGAAACAUUGAAGAAGAUUUAUGCCGACGCUGAGGGGGAAGAUGGAUAUCAUCGUGAUCAGAAUGUGUUCGCCCCAGGUAUUGGCAUUGAAGAUGAUAUGGCCGUAUUGGUGCAGUAUAAUACAGGUGCCACACUAUCAUAUCAUCUGACCGCGUACUCGCCCUGGGAGGGGUAUCGAGUCAUGUUUAAUGGCUCGCAUGGCCGCUUGGAACUCGAGGUUGUCGAAUCCACCCACCGCACAGCUUCCGAUCCUUUAACCACCGGCGGGCAAAUCCAUGGCACCGCCGCUCUACCUAACCCGGGCCACGCGAGCGUCAAAGUGCAGCGCCUCUGGGAGCCAGCUCAAGUAAUUCCUGUUGAAUAUGAACACGGGGAUCACGGAGGAGGCGACAAGCGCAUGCUCAAUGUCUUGUUUGGACCUUUGCCGGGCGAGACUUUCGACACUGGAGACGCCUCGAAACAGUCAGCAGACGAGAGGGAUGGGACGUACGCACUUGCAGUUGGGCUCAUGGCCAAUGAGAGCUUCAAAACCGGGAAGUUUGUCACAUUCGAGAGCCUGGGGCUGGGUAUUUGA